AUGCCAAGAACCACACUACCUUUGUUUUAUCACAUAUAUGUUAUAUUAUAUGCAUUUAUCCUCACCGUCAGCUAUCCUGUCGACUCAGAUAAAAUGGUCGCAACCCUGAAACACUACUCACUUCAGACGACCCUGACUGGAGUUGAGGCCAACGGAGUGACGCAAUUUCGCGGAAUACCCUACGGUCAUAUUCCGCAACGAUUUGCCGCAGCCGAAAAGAUUAAUGACUACCCUAGAGAGCUUAAUUGCACCACGUUUGGCCCCCGAUGUCCUCAAGUUCCUGUUGACGUUGGUCACCUAUUGCGUGUGCCGUCCCACCAUAAGUUUCCCGACGAACCUGAGGAUGAGUUCAGUUGUGCAAACCUGGACGUUGUCUUGCCAAGUCCUGACACCCUGAACCGCCCUGAGAUGCUGCCUGUGUUUGUUUGGAUACAUGGGGGAUCUCAGGCUGUUACGUUUGGAAGCGCCGCGUCUGGUAUCUGUGGUAUGAAACAACCAGUUCAUCAAUUAUUGUCACUAGACAAGGAAUGUAGAACUUCGCUGAUAAGCUUCUCAGACAUGACUACUGUCGUGGCUGAUUCAAUCCGCCUUGGCACUCCAAUUAUAGCAGUCUCUAUCCAGUAUCGACUCAAUGUCUUUGCCCUGGCAAGUAAAGAUGGACCUCCAAACCUUGCGUUACGCGAUCAGGCGCUAGCUCUGGAAUGGAUCCAAGACCAUAUCGCAGACUUUGGUGGUGACCCGAAAAAGGUUACAUUGGCCGGAGAAAGCGCCGGCGCAGUUUACUGUCACGCUCACAUUGUAACCCAAGCUCCAGUCAGUCAGUUCAUCCUGUCUUCAGGAUCCUUGUUCCUGUCGCCUCCCCAACCACCGCAUAUGGUUUCAGCCCUUCGCGACAAGGUUUCGAAACAGUUUCAGGGGAUCGACAUUACCAUGGUCUUGGAAACUGCCCCGACGGACAAGAUUGUCGAAGCUGUCAAACAAUCUGGGCUACAGUCUUUUUUCCUCGAAUGGGAGGAGAGGUUUAAUGGAUGGGAAACAAGCACUGGCGAGGCUGGGGCUUUGCUGCUAAGUGACGCAGUCAUUUGGCAAGCAGGAAUAUGGGCAACAGACAUUGACGAUAUAGUAAGCGCUUUCGACGCUGCAGGUGAACACAGUGAGGAGCUCAAAAAGCUUUAUCACAUACGUUCAGACAGACCCUCAUCGUGCAAAACAGGGGCACUGGAUUUCAUCAAUGACUGCAGAUUCGUGUUUCCUAUUCAUCAGCUCGAGGAACUCUGGAAAGAUGCACGAAAACCUGUGCAUAGGUGUCUCAUAGACGAGUCAAACCCAUGGCAACCUUCAACCGGGGCGCACCACGCAGUAGACUUGGUGUUGUUGUUUGGAGGUCUUGAUCUCAGUCAUGCGCCUGCUGCGGAGAUAACUGGACAGGCUUUACGAGAGGCAUGGAUCAAGUUUGUUAAUCAGACUGAACCUUGGCCAAAUGCGUCAUCGUCGUCUUAUGGCUUUGGGCCCCAUGGAGUGUGCAAGGAGCUGGAGGACUGGGAAGUACAGUCGCGUCGAAGGGUAACGGAAACAAACAAGCUACGAGGCAUGGAUCCUAUAUUACUCGUCAAGGCGUUCAUUAGUCUCGCAGCAGGAAGAGGUAGCUUAUCAAACUAA